AUGCCCGUGGUGACUCUUAGGAACCUGAUAGGUCACGAGCAGGCGGGUGACACCGGCUCUUUUACUCAUUCCAAAAUAUUGCAGAGUCAUGGUGCAUCAUCGGUGGCUAUCAAGGAGAGGCAAGCUUUCAAGCCCAAACGUGAGGUAGACUCUGUCAAUAAAAAAGAAGUGACUUUGCACAUUUUAUCCAGUAACAAGGAGCUAAACCAGGAUGUGAAGAAAGUCAAAAACAACACCAAGAACUCUGAGACUUCCACCAGAACAGGAAGGCCUGAGAAGACAUUCGCAAUCCGCCAUAAACCAGAUCUACACAGCAAUAAAACCAGGUUUAAAUCAGGCUCGAGAUCCAGGACCAGACCUGAUUUGGGUGUCCAUACCACAGGUGUGCCGGGGAAAGGAUUCAGCAUAGAUUCAAACCGAAAGCUGAACCUCACCGGCAGCUACGGGGUUCUGAAGCUGCUGUCGAAAGAGAACCUUGUUAGGAUCGUCAAUUCCCAAAUGCAGAGCGCACCCAGCCUCAGCUUCCCGAGCAAGGGCAGCCGGAGCAGGAAGAGAGAUUUGAUUGACGUUAAUCACGGACAGUUAGAGGCUCAGAGAGUGUCGAGACAAGAUAUGGCUGUCACUCAGCCUCACACUGGUUUUGAUAAUCAGACUGCAUUUCCUUAUUUAAGCCCAGUCACCACCCCAGAUCUUAAUCGGGACCAGGGAGCCAACAAUCAUAUUAAUCCACUUACUGAAGUCGACCCAGCUUUAAGUAAAGGGCAGGGCAACUUGGGGAAGCAGGGAUCAGAUGGUGGCGAUGGCAAGAGCAAACAUAUCGUCCGCUUACUGUCAACACCUCGCAGCGAGGUCAGUCUCAGCCCCGAGAAAGAAGUAAUAAUCACCCAAACAGAAGCACCAUUUCCAUCAACAAAACAUCUCCCACUGCAUGUUUCCUCUGAAACAAAUGAUUCUCCGCCGUCUGUGCUGACAGCGCAACCCCUGGGAGUUAGACCGGGGAGCAGAGUUGCAGAUCCCCAUAGAGACCCAUUAACGGAGUCAGUUCUCUCUGCUCAAACAGAACUCAGCACAGCUCAGUACCCUGCAGAUGAAGACAACCAACCUGUCAACAGCAGUCAUGUCCUGAGGCUCCACCCUGCUCCGGAAUGGAGACAUGACGCCAAAGACGCCGGGGCGCAAGUCUCUGCCGAUUUGGAAAAUGGGAAGGGCCUCGUGUUUGAGGAGGCCGAGUCGGAGGCGGAGGAGGAUGAGGAGGUGCACGACCACAUGGAAGGGACCGGGCCGCGCUCUCGCAGCAGGAGGAGCUGGAUCUGGAACCAGUUCUUUGUGAUCGAAGAAUACGCCGGGCCUGAACCUGUGCUCAUCGGACGGCUCCACACCGACAUGGACAGGAAUGAUGGACGCACCAAAUAUGUCCUGCGAGGCGAGGGGGCCGGCUCGGUCUUCGUGAUAGACGAGAAGACGGGCAACAUCCACGUCACCAAGCCACUGGACCGGGAAGAAAAGGACGAGUACCGACUCAUCGCCACGGCCACCGACAGGCAGACGGACCGCGCCCUGGAGCCCUCAUCGCAGUUCAUAAUCCGGGUUCAGGACAUCAAUGACAACCCGCCUAUCUUUGACGAAGGCCCCUACACCGCCACCGUGCCCGAGAUGGCAAAUAUAGGCACGUCUAUAAUCCAGGUGACAGCGACAGAUGCUGAUGACCCGACUUAUGGCAACAGCGCCAGGCUAGUGUACACACUGGUGCAGGGCCAACAGUACUUCUCUGUCGAUCCCCAGACAGGCAUUCUGCGCACGGCCGUACCCGACAUGGACAGGGAGACCCAGGACCAAUACUUGGUCCUCCUCCAGGCCAAGGACAUGGGGGGCCACCUGGGCGGAUUAUCUGGGACCACCACCGUCACCGUCAGGCUCACCGACGUCAACGACAACCCACCACGCUUCACCCAGAGUAUGUGGUCCUUCUCCGUGUCCGAGCUGGCCAUCCCCGGGGCAGAGAUAGGGCGCAUCUCGGCCGCCGACGCCGACCUCGGAGAGAACGCCAAGCUGGAGUACACCAUCCUGGAGGGGGAGACCGGGGAGACGUUCAACAUCACCGGAGUGAACCAAGAGGCGGUCAUCACGCUCAACAAGGCGGUCGACUAUGAGAGCCGGAGCUCCUACUCCUUCUCUGUGGAGGUCCUCAACCCCAUAGUAGAUCCUCGCUUCCUGCGUCGGGGCCCCUUCAAGGACCGGGCCUCCAUCAGAGUAGCGGUGCUGGAUGCGGACGAGCCUCCGAGGUUCUCCAGAGCUCGAUACCACAUGGACGUGUCUGAAAACUGCCCGCCGGCCUGCACUGUAGGCCGGGUCAGCGCAGUCGACCCCGAUACUGGGCUCACCAAUAACAUCAGGUUCUCCAUUGAUCCUCAGUCAGACCCAGAGGCUCUGUUCCGUAUCACCCCAGACACCGGCCUCAUCACCACAGCCAUGGAGCUUGACCGGGAACGCGACCACUGGCACAACAUUACUGUUAUCGCCACCCAGAGAGACAAUCCCAGCCAGGUUUCCAGAGUUGUGGUUGCGAUAGAGACAUUAGACCUGAAUGACAACGCACCCGAGCUGGACAGGCAAUACACAACGGCCAUGUGUGACUCAUCCUCCAUCGGGCAGGUGGUGCAGGUGUUGCGGGCGAUUGAUAGAGAUGAGGGAGGGAAUGACAGCACUGUGUAUUUCAGCAUCCCUCCGGAGUCCAGCGCUGCCCUCAACUUCAGCAUCAGGGACAGUGGAGGCCCCACGGCGAGCCUGGUGCUGCUGUCCCAGAUACAGCCGCUAUCCCGCUCCGCAUCCUCCACCCUGACGCUCCACGUGCCGCUGGUCCUCAGGGAUGGGACGUCGGGCCUCACCAGCACCGGGACGGUCACCGUGUCCGUCUGUCCCUGCCUGAGAGGAGGGGCCCGGGCCGGGGACAAGGAGAAGGACAAGCAGACGGAGGGCGAGUGGGACUGGGAACGAGAGGCGGUGUGUCUCCCUCAGCAGUCCACACUGCCGUCCCCCGGGCUCAGCACCGCCGCCCUGCUGGCCAUCCUGGCUUGUGUCGCCACUCUACUGGCAGUGAGCGCCCUGUCAUUGUCGCUGCGCCGGCAGAAGCGCGACUCCCUGUCCCCGCUGGAGGAGGACGACGUACGUGAGAACAUCAUAACGUAUGACGACGAGGGCGGGGGCGAGGCCGACACGGCCGCCUUCGACAUUGCCGCGCUCCAGAGUGCCCCGCACAGCUCGCGCUCACGUGGCUAUCGCACGUUGGACAGCAGGAAUGUACGUUACGCCCAUCAAAACCAAGACAAAGCCCGCACCUACAGCUGGGCUCAGAACCCGGGCGUGGAGCACACCUACUCAGGACCAGGAGGACCCCUCUAUGGUCGCCUCUGUUACAGCAGCCACACCCUACCGGUCCUCCGACGCACGCCAGGCGGAGCAUUCGAGCCGGGCCUGGCAGAGCUGGGGUACCGCUAUCCCGGUGGCCAGCCGGACCACUCUCUAGUCAUCCAGAACCAGGGGGCCAUGGUGGGGCCGAUGGAGUCCGGGGCGAUAUACAUAGCUCCCACCGACAUCAGCACGGGAAGCCGAACGGGAAGCCGAACGGGAAGCCGCGACGGGACCGCACCCCAAAGUGGGGUCAGCACGUCGGACGGUGGGACUCCGAGGACAAACGACAGCCAGGAGAGAGGAGGGGGGAUGGGGACUGCAAGCAACUGUACAGAGGGGAGCAGUGAGGACAAAGGGAACCACAGUCAAGAUGUGGACUGGGUGCAGUCGGAGACGCUACCCAGGGAGCAUCACCUCGUCAUGACCCGAUCCGGCUCCAUGAUGGGCCAGGGUCACGGCGCAGGAGGAUGGGUGUGCGACUCGACUACCCUUCCCUUGGCGGGACGCAGGGCCUCCCGCUCAGGGAUGUCCCCGAAACGCAAAGGCUCCGGUCAGGCCGAAUCUGACUCCAGCGGCCACGGAGGAGGUGGAGGAGGAGGAGGAGGAGGAGGGGGUAGUGGGAAUGGAAGUGGGGGUGCCUCCACAGACGGACAGCAGCAACCUGCCAAUGGACGCAACUACGCCACUGUCCUGCAGGGGGAGAUGUCUGGACAGAGGGACUACCCCGGCAGCUUGGGGAGAGGAGGACUGGAGAUGGGGAGCAACUUUGUGGUGCCUCGGGGAGCGUACGGCGGGGUGAUGGGCUUCGGGCCCGGCUGGGUUCCCGGAAUGGAGGCCGCGAGAGGAGCCCCGGGGCCCAGCGGCCCCUCCCUAGCACUGAGGGUGGGCGAGUUCCUGCGCCUGCGUCUCGCCCAGGUCACCUUUGACCCAUCGCAGCCGCCGUACGACUCUGUGCAGGUGUACGGCCUGGAGGGCACAGGAUCCCGUGCCGGAUCCCUCAGCUCCCUCGAGAGCGAAGGGGAGAAGGAUGCGGAGAAGGAGGAGUGGGGGGCGGGGCUGGAGGAGUGGGGCCCCCAGUUCCAGAAAUUAGCCCAACUCUUCAAAGAUAGGGAGAAGGAAAAGGAGGAGAAGGAUAAAGAUGAAGCAGGUGCCAAAAAGGAGAGUGAAAAGAAAGACGAGCCGGGGAAGACGGAGAAGAAAGAGGGAGGGGAGCCGGCCGGGGAAGAGGGGAAAGACUGAGGAAUGAUAAAAACGAAACAAAUAGGGGCAAAGGGGGUGAGAGGGAAUAGGAUGAUGAAAAGGCAACCAGAGCAAGAAUAAUGUGAAGAGAAGUUAAAGGAGAGAAAGAUGAAGAGGGAAAGUAAUAAAAAGAGACAGAGAGAAAUGAGCCUAGGGAUGGUGGAGAGUACGAGGGCAGGGAGGGAGUGAUUGAUGUAAUUUAAAGCAAUAAGUGUUGAAACGCUGAUAUGGUUGAGCACAGAUACUAAGACAAUGCAGAGGCUGCUUCUGCUCGGGGGCAGCAACAAUUUGUUAAACGCUUUGGACAAAGAAAAACAACCCAAACAUCCAAGACUCGAUUUAAUUCAACUCACAAACGUACACGGAAUGAGAAACAGCAGGGAAACGAGAAGAAAGACGUUUUCUCAUCGCGUCGGCGUGUAUGUGUGUGUGUGUGUGAGAAAAUACAGAUGUGCGAGCAGGAGUGCAUUUGGACGUGUGAGUGCAUACGUGUGCAUAUCUAACGAAGAGAGAGCAAAUAGCGGCAGGGAGAAAAUCAUGACACCCAGAGACGAUUUAAAGAUGAGAACGAGGAUAAGUUAGCUGCAACAUUAGUUUCCGGGACAACGUGCAAGAAAAAAAAAACUUUCAACGAGGAAGUUUAAGAAAACUAGGAUAACACAAGGGAGGAUGUUAUAUGUAAUAAUAUAAAGUGAACGGAACAAUGGACGGAUGUAUAGAGAGAGGAACGUUCGGGGAACGCGAGACGAUUGUACAGAAACUACUAAACUUACUUUUCAUUCUGUCUGCAGUGGCAGAAAAGUGAAUUAUUCAGCUCACUACUUCAUUCCAAAUCAAAAUUAUGAAUCAUUUAAAUCCUGCAAAAGAUUCUCCCUCCUCUCAGCCCACAAGGAAAACAGACUUUGUGAAAUAUGUAAGUGAUUUAGGGAUGUGAUCGCCCCCAACACCUCAACACCCCACCCCUGUCAUCCCUCAAGCUUUUUGCAGUCGAGUGUUGGUAUGUUUACAGAGGUUCACACACAAACACACACACAGACACAGAAGAACUGAUGAACACCAUAAGGCUUUGAUUGUACUAAAGUGAAUUAUAAAAAGCAAAACCAUCCACGAGUGUUCCAUCUGCCACGUGGUGUGACAAUGACUCUAUUAUUCAUCUCUUAAAUGUUUUUAUGGAAGAAGUCUCCCUAUUUUUUAUGCGUAACCCCACUGUAGUCCCACUUGACACGUCUUGAGGACAGAGUAUGCAUGAUUGUAUGUAUGAACCUAAAAGAGUCAAUCAAUUCUUUUUUUUUUUUGGAACACUCCCAAAUGAAAACGUCCACAGCUCUGUAAUUAAGUUAUGGGGUAACAACACCACAGAGGCU